CCUCACUCUGCAUAUCUUUACAUCUCCGCUACCUCGAGAGCAAGAGAAAACAGAUAGACACGCUCACGGCCUCUUAUAUAAAGCUCGUUGACAAAGGAGUCGCACACACCACUUUCUCGCUCGUCGACCCCCUUCUUCCCUUCCACCUCCUCUCAUCUUAUCUUGAAGAAGAGCGAAAAAACAACAACCUAGGACAUCAUGCUCCGUCAACUCGCCUCGACGGCCCGGCUCACCUCCACGAGGAGGAGUGCCGCCAUCUCGACCCCUGCCGUCGCCCGGUUACAACAACAGAAGAGGAGCUAUGCGACGCCUUCGAACGGGGAUUCGUUCGCUAACGGUCAGAACGCUUAUUACAUCGAAGAGAUGUACCGAUGCUGGAAAGAGGACCCCCAAUCCGUCCACGUCUCAUGGCAAACCUACUUCAAGGGGCUCGACGGCGGUCUUCCCUCUUCGGCCGCUUACACCCCUCCGCCCGCUUACCGUGCCGGGCUCGAGGUUGCUGUCGGUCAUCACCCGGUCGAUGCGGCACCGGGGAUGUCUAUGGCUGGAGCUGGAGGAAGCGAGGUUACCGACCACUUGAAGGUCCAACUCCUCGUCCGUGCGUACCAAGUCCGAGGACAUCACAUUGCCAAGCUCGACCCCCUCGGGAUCCUGGACCCCGACCUUGAUAGCAGCCGUGUACCCGAGCUCGACCUCGAGCAUUACGGGUGGACGGAAAAGGACUUGACCAAAGAGUUCAACCUCGGACCGGGGAUCUUGCCUAGGUUCUUGGAGGCUGGAAUCGAGAAGAUGACUUUGGGAGAGAUCAUCGAGAGCUUGAAGAAGAUGUACUCUCGAUCUAUCGGUGUGCAAUACGUUCACAUCCCUCAAAAGGACCAGUGCGACUGGAUCCGAGAACGGAUCGAAAAGCCUGAGCAGUGGUCAUACAGCACCGAGGAGAAGCGAGUCAUCCUCGACAGGUUGAUGUGGUCCGAGCUCUUCGAAAAGUUCAUCGCUUCCAAGUACCCCAACGAGAAGCGAUUCGGUCUCGAGGGUUGCGAGUCCUUGAUUCCUGGUAUGAAGGCCUUGAUCGACCGAUCGGUCGACGCUGGUGUCAAGAGCAUCGUCAUGGGUAUGCCGCAUCGUGGUCGAUUGAACGUGCUCGGAAACGUCAUCAGGAAGCCCAUCGAGGCCAUCUUGAACGAGUUCUCGGGCAACGCCGAUUCGGACGACACGGGUGGUGGAGACGUCAAGUACCACUUGGGUGCCAACUAUGUCCGACCGACGCCUUCCGGAAAGAAGGUCGCCCUCUCUUUGGUCGCCAACCCGUCCCACUUGGAGGCUGAAGACCCGAUCGUCAUGGGAAAGACCAGGGCUAUCCAGCACUUUGAGGGUGACGAGGAGAACCACGACACCGCUCUCGGGGUAUUGCUCCACGGAGACGCCGCCUUUGCCGGUCAGGGUAUCGUCUACGAAACCAUGGGAAUGCACCACUUGCCCAACUAUGGAAUCGGUGGUACGCUCCACUUGGUCGUCAACAACCAGAUCGGUUUCACUACCGAUCCUCGAUUCUCGCGAUCGACGCCUUACUGUUCGGAUAUCGCAAAGGCCAUCGACGCGCCGAUCUUCCACGUCAACGGAGACAACGUCGAGGCCGUCAACUUUGUUUGCACCAUGGCUGCCGAUUUCAGGGCCAAGUUCAAGAAGGAUGUCGUCAUCGAUAUCGUCUGUUACCGACGAUACGGUCACAACGAGACCGACCAGCCUUCGUUCACCCAGCCCAGGAUGUACAAGGCCAUCCAGGAACAACCGACUGCGCUCGACAUUUACUGCAAGAAGUUGGUCGAGGAGAAGAGCUUUACCGAGAAGGAGAUCACCGAGCACAAGGACUGGGUCUGGGGCAUGCUGGAGAAGGCUCUCGAUGCUAGUAAGGGGUACAAGCCUUCGGCCAAGGAGUGGCUCUCGUCCUCGUGGGACGGUUUCCCUACUCCCAAGGAGUUGGCGGAGAACAUCUUGCCUCAUCACCCUACUGGUGUCAAGGAGGACGUCCUCAAGCACGUCGGCAAGGUCGUAUCGAACACCCCUGAAGGUUUCACCUCUCACCGAAACUUGGCUCGUAUCUUGAACACCCGUGGCAAGUCGGUCGAGGAGGGAAAGAACAUUGACUGGGCCACAGCCGAGUCUUUGGCUUUCGGAUCCUUGUUGCUGGAAGGCACUCACGUUCGAGUUUCCGGACAGGAUGUCGAGCGAGGUACCUUUUCUCAGCGACACGCUGUGCUUCACGAUCAGGAGAACGAGUCAUCCUACAAGCCCCUGAAGCACGUCGGGCCUGAUCAGGGUAGCUUCACCAUCUGCAACUCGCACUUGUCAGAGUUUGGUACCCUUGGUUUCGAGCUCGGGUACUCGUUGGUCUCGCCCAACUCGUUGACCAUGUGGGAGGCGCAAUUCGGUGACUUUGUCAACAACGCUCAGUGUAUCAUUGACCAGUUCAUCGCUUCAGGAGAGAAGAAGUGGUUGCAGCGAACCGGAUUGGUCUUGUCGCUGCCCCACGGUUACGACGGACAGGGUCCCGAGCACUCGAGUGGUCGUCUCGAGCGAUUCCUGCAAUUGACCGACGACGACCCACGAGUCUACCCCCCUCCCGAGAAGCUUGACCGACAACACCAGGACUGCAACAUGCAGAUCGUAUACCCCUCGACCCCGGCCAACUACUUCCACGUCUUGCGUCGUCAGCAGCAGCGAGAGUUCCGAAAACCUUUGAUUGCAUUCUUCUCGAAGAACUUGCUGCGUCAUCCUCUCGCCCGAUCGAACCUGGAAGACAUGACCGGCGACACCAUCUUUGAGCGAUACCUCCCUGAACCUCACCCUGCCGAGCUCGAGUCGCCCGAGAACAUCAAGCGUCAUAUCCUCUGUACUGGUCAAGUUUACUACCAGUUGCUCCAGGAGCGAGAAAGGUUGGGAAUCAAGGACAUUGCCAUCUCUAGGGUUGAGCAGCUCUCGCCCUUGCCUUACGACUUGAUCACCCCUCACCUCGACAAGUACCAGAACGCCGAGCUUGUUUGGGCACAGGAGGAGCCUCUGAACAACGGUGCCUGGACUUACGUUCAGCCUCGUCUGAUCACCGCUCUCAAGCAAACCGAACACCACAAGGGCAAGGUCCCUUCGUACGCCGGUCGAAACCCUACCUCGUCGGUAGCCACCGGAAGCAAGAGUGCUCACAAGGCAGAGAUCGCUGCCUUGUUGAAGAUGGCCUUGGGCAACUAGGUGUGGAAAAGUGGAAGAAGAGGCGGAGGAUUGCAUCGCAUCAAUUGAGUCAGUGUAAUAACGUACAGAGCUUCUUAUGACAAUCAUGAAUCGAACCAGGCUUUUCGAUAAACAAUCGUCUAUCAUAUCCAUUAUUGCUUA